GGGCAUAUUUAGAGCUCUUCCCGCUAUUGACUAACAGAGGAAUCUAUAUGUUCCCAAAAUUAGUGGAUAAAGUUUGAAGCUUUUAUAGGGAUCACAUCGAUUCUAUCGGGGAACUAAAGCUUUUAUGAGGAAUCAUGGAGCUUAUGCAGACACCCCACAUCGAGAUUUUGGGAAUUGCAGUCGCUGUUCUCGCCAUCGGAGCUGGUGCUGCUUAUCUCUACCUUAGCAAAAAACCCAAAGGUUGCUUGGAUCCUGAGAACUUUAGGGAUUUCAAAUUGGUGAAAAAGACACAGUUGAGCCAUAACGUGGCCAAGUUCCGGUUUGAUCUUCCUACUCCUACAUCUGUAUUGGGUCUCCCAAUUGGGCAACAUAUAAGUUGCAGGGGCAACGAUAGUGUUGGAGAAGAAGUCAUCAAGCCUUAUACCCCAACUACAUUGGAUUCUGAUGUUGGAUAUUUUGAAUUGGUUAUUAAGAUGUAUCCUCAGGGAAGAAUGUCUCAUCAUUUCCGGGAGAUGCGUGUUGGUGAUUAUAUGUCUGUAAAAGGUCCUAAGGGCCGUUUUAAAUAUCAACCUGGUCAAGUUAGGGCAUUCGGAAUGCUAGCUGGAGGAUCAGGCAUCACGCCAAUGUUUCAGGUGGCUAGAGCUAUAUUGGAGAACCCCAAGGACAGUACCAAAAUACAUCUCAUUUAUGCAAAUGUGACUGUAGAUGACAUUCUCUUGAAGGAAGAGCUUGAUAGCAUGGCAACUAACUACCCCAGCCGCUUCAAAGUGUACUAUGUUCUGAAUCAGCCUCCCGAGGUAUGGAAUGGUGGUGUAGGUUUCGUUUCGAAGGAAAUGAUUCAAGCCCAUUGCCCUGCACCUGCUUCUGACAUCCAGAUCUUGAGAUGUGGCCCACCACCAAUGAAUAAGGCCAUGGCAGCUCACCUCGACGAGCUCGGCUACAUGAAAGAGAUGCAGUUCCAAUUCUGAGGCUUCCCAGUUUUCUUCCGUUUUUAUCUGUUCCCUUUUUCAAUCUUUAACACAAUGAUACAGUUUCAAAUGUGGUUCCUUUGCUGAGCCAUGUAUUGAUUUGGUAUUGGUGCUAUAGAGAAGUCUUUCAUAUUUACUCUGCUCAUAUGCUCUCCUUUGCGCUCAAGGGGCUCCUGCUCUGGACCAUAUGUCUCUUAUUUCCUUCCUUUCUUCCAUGACGAUGUGUUCGACUCUUGCAAUAUUUGCAGCAAAAACAUUGUACGUGUGCCUGUGUUUCAGAUCAAUAUUAUAAUAGACUCCGCUGAGGCAACUCGGCCUCGUCUGAGUUUUGGCCGAGUAGGUUGCACAUGUUUUUAAACA